AUGCUCCCACUCCCGAUCCUCCUGCUCAGCUGCCUUGCGCUCCUGCCACGUGCAGCAGAGGCAGUGCCCAACAGCGACAAUGCCAUCGACGUGACCGCCUACUCGUUCCCGCCCGAAAUUGGCGUCGACGGCGUCAUCAGGGUGCACAAGGCAGAAGCAAUCUCGUACCUGGAAACGGUAGCCGGAUUCAACCUCACGAAGCUCUAG